UCUGUGCCUUGCCAGCCAAGAGAGUUGCCCAUGACCACCCAGCACAUGGAGACUUUAGGUCAAUACAAGAUCACCGUCUGGGAGGAGGAAAACUUCCAAGGGAAGCGCUGCGAAUUCUUGAUGGAAUGUCACAGCAUCAUGGAACGAGGCUUCCGCAAGAUCCGCUCCAUCAAGGUGGAAAGUGGCCCCUGGAUAGGAUUUGAGUAUCCUGAAUACCAAGGACAGCAGUUCAUCCUGGAGAAAGGGGACUAUCCCCGCUGGGAGGCCUGGAGUGGAAACAGUGGCUACAGGACUGAGCACCUUCUCUCCUUCCGGGCUAUCAAGUGUGCUAACCACAGUGACAGCAAAGUGACCCUGUACGAGACAGAGAACUUCCAGGGACGCAAGUUUGAGCUCAGCGAUGACUACCCCUCCCUGCAGGCCAUGGGCUGGGUCAACAAGGAAGUGGGCUCCAUCAAGGUCCACUCUGGAGCGUGGGUGGCCUAUCAGUAUCCAGGCUACCGGGGCUACCAGUAUAUUCUGGAGCGGGACAAACAGAAUGGCGAAUACAAGAAAUACAGCGACUACAGCACCCAAGCCCACACCAACCAGAUCCAGUCCAUCCGCCGUGUCCAGCACUGAGCCAGGUCUUAGCGGCAUCAUGACUGAUCCUCCUGGACAUCUCCAUCCCCUGACAUGCCUGCCUAUUUGCCUAAGGGCCCAUCAAGCAGUAGACCCUCACCCAGUAGCCAAUAAAGGCAUUGACCAAA